CUCGCGAGUCCAAUGCACCCAAACAUGCGGAAUAAAAUCCAGCACCGCUCACACUCACUCACACACGUGCAUUCAGUCAGUCAUUCACCAAAGCCUACCAAAGCCUAUCUAUUGACCACAUCUUCUGGUCUAUUCUACACGUGUGACGGGGGGGCUAUCCGCCCAUCCAUCCAUCCAUCCAUCGUCUAGCCUCUCUUAUAUCUAUCUUCUCUCAUUGGUGGUCAUCAAUCACUGCGUCUUCCUCAGUGAGGUGUCCUCUGGAGGCGGCGGGCUGUGGAACUGAUCCCGGUACAGCAGAUAAUACACACCCAUCCACACCAAUGACACACCUGCACGCCACACAAAACAACCAAACCACACCCACCGCACACAGAACCAUCUCCCCGCCUGUCAGGCUGCCUUGAGCGAGUGCAUCGCUGCUCACCUGACACCACGGCAGGAGAGAGGAACCCCUUGAUGGACAGCGUCUUGAAGACGGCCAAUUCGGAGGUGAAGUGGCCGAAGGCACAGAGGAAUGAGAGCCAGGUGACGCCAAAGAGGGUGGCGUUGUGGAGGUCAUAGGCGCAGCUGGACGUGACGAUGCACGUCACCAGCGUCCAAAUGCCGAACGUCCGCCCAUACAAAUCGUUCACUGCACCAGCCAGCCAGAGGCAUGAAUGACGCGAUGGAUUCAGUGGUGAAUCGUGGCAAGAUGUUGCGUUGCGUUGUGUGUGCGCGUGGGUCACCUACCUUUGUCCGGUUGGAGGUCGAAGAGCUUCUUUUGGAAGAUGGCGACGUCGAAGAAGCCGAAGUACACCGACACGGCACGCAGCGAUGCCGCGAAGAACAGCCACGCCUGCAGAUAGAUCUUCAUCUUGAUUGAGAAGCAACGCGGAGGGUUCGGUGAAAGUGAUCGGAAAACAACCUGCAAUGGGGCUCACUUAUGUCGCAGGAGGAAGG